GGUCGGGACAAAAUCUCACGGCUUCUUCAAACAAAACAAUUUGAGAGAUCGAAAAUGCUCUUUUUUUCAAAAUUCGAUUGUGUCUUCGCUGCCGCUGUUGUCGUGCUGGGAUCAACCCCGUUUGCGAAUGCGGAGUCGUGUGUUGACAAACAUGAGAAAAUAGCGGAUUGCAUGGAAUGGGCUUGGCAUGGAGAAUGGUAAGUUCGAGCUUUCAUAUCUGCAUUCAACUAUCUAUCGGCAUCCACUUGGGUUGGUUUGAAAAAUAUGAUGAUUGGGGCACAUUUGACGUCCUACCUAAGCGAAAUAUCCUCACAUGGUGUUUUGCGAUUGAUUCGUUCUAAAACAAUGACAGCGACAAAAACCCUGGAUUCAUGCACCUUCAAUGCAGAAAGUCGUGCGGAUUGUGCAAGCCGUCGAAAUCCGAAACAGAUAAUGAAGAUACCUGCGUCAACUGGCACGCCAAAUGUGAUGACUGGGCCACCAAGGGAAAUUCGCAGGUAGACAAUUUGUGGUACGUCUGUAUCGUAAACAUAGGUCAUCGUUUGCGCACGCAUAGCAAGAUAUUGAGUCAACCGUUUGGCUGAAUCGAAUCGUCUGGCAAAUUCUAUUGGCUUUUGCUUGGAAAAUAGAGCUGCAGCUGGAUCACAAGAAAUGGAUUUCUAGCCUUUGAUUGUUUUGCGUUUUCAAUGUCUGCUUCUGUUCGACACUAUUUAAAUUUACACAACAAUACCAACCCCUGUGUUUUUUUAUUAAUUUGUGUCGCACACAUCACAGCAAAGGGAACUGGAAUAAAUGGAAGAAUGGCAAAAAGCUUACCGGAGCAUACAUAGUUGAGAUGUGUCCCAAGGCUUGUAAGGUCUGUGACAUUCAUUUGGACGACCGUGACAUUGAUCUUGGAAUUGGUCUUCCACAGAGCUUUCCAGGCAUGGAGGACGACAAGGAAUUAUUCAAUCUGCUCUUAGGAAAGGUCGCAGAAACCCGAGCGUACGUCGAAUCUAUCGAAGACGAAGAAAUUCGCGAGGUCUGUAAGAUGUCCCAUCCAAAUUGCGCACGAUACGCUCUGAGCUCGGACUGUCAAACCCACUUUGACCACCCCAUUAUGAAAUAUGGGUGUGCCGCUGCCUGUCAAACCUGUGAAAAGCUGGUGGAGGAUAACGGAAUUUUCGAGGCUCGAUACAUGUGGGGGGAUGCUCUCAGAGAAUUCAAUGAAAAGAAGUUGGCCAAGGAAACCAUCAAGGCAACCGUAUAAACCCAACAAAAGCGGUGAAGGGAAGAUGAUCUCUAUGCGCAUUAGCAACAUCAAUGAAAAAUAAAAUAUAACCAGUGGACAGAUCCAUAAAAAAAAAUUAUGACGAUUGUUACGGUAUGAUCAGUUUUGAUGCGUUCAACUAUUAUUCGGAAACUGAUGCAUUGUAUUCCAUUAAAUACAACUAAGUAUU